CUAUAUAAAGUCCCUGGUUCUAACUUGGACACCAUCAAAUUUAUUAGCAAUUGAUUGUAAAUCCGAGUUCAGACUCUAAGCUUACGUUCCCAUAUAUCGCAGACCGAUAGGAAAUCUUUAAAUCUUUGAACUGACCAUUGGUAUUGGUGAAGUUUUGGUCGUUUUCUCAUGGCAUCUCCGAUAGUAGUGGGAACUACAGUUGGAGCUGCUGCUUUGGGAGCUAGGUACUUGAUAAGAGCAUGGCAAACAUUCAAAGCUGCACCUCGAGUUCGGAGGUUUUAUCCCGGUGGGUUUGAACAAGUUAUGACAAGAAGGGAAGCAGCAUUAAUUCUUGGGGUCAGAGAAAGUGCUGUCCUGGAGAAGAUAAAGGAGGCUCACAGGAGAGUAAUGGUAGCAAAUCAUCCGGACGCCGGUGGUAGCCAUUAUAUUGCUUCCAAAAUCAAUGAAGCUAAGGAGAUCUUGUUAGGGAAAACCAAGGGAGCUAAUUCCGCUUUCUAAUUCACUUUAACAGCUUCAUUGUCAGUAUGCGUGUUGAUUUGAGGAAGAGGUGAAUUUGUAUCAGUAAAUGUAUUACUAUCAUAAUUUACCAAAGUAAAUUCUUUUUAAUGUAAUUUAGGAGAGUUCUUUGCGGUAAAGAGUUGUACUAUCCUGUUUCCUUUCCCAUUUUGAACCAGGGAUCUGCACGGAAUAUAUGAACACCUCUCUUGAACUAUA